AAUCUUAACAGUAUCGAAACAGGGAAAGUCCGGGAUAAUAAAGUUAUUUAAAAUUAAACUCUUAUUGCCAAAUUUACGAACCUCAUUAUUUUUGUGCGCUUGUGAAUGUAAAAUUGCACAAAAUGCUUUCUUCAAUGCUUAAAGAUCACCGUGUUAAACAACGUCAUUUAAAGGAUGCUCAAGAAAAACGAAGACAAGAAGCCGUAUCGUCUUUGUACAAAUUUAACGAAGGAAUUAUGGCUUCAAUUAAUUCAAGAGUAUCUGCUGCUUAUGUAAAUCAAUGUCAACUUGAUAACGAGAUGAAACAACUUGAAGUCCAAACAUCCAGGUUUAAUAAACUGACCACACAAUGGGCAUCGGAACUAAACUCAUUUCAUAAUGCUUUGAAGGAAAUCGGCGAUGUGGAGAACUGGGCAUUGAGUAUUGAGAGUGACCUUCGAUUAGUUACUGAAUCACUCGAGUAUAUAAAUAAUAAAAACAAUUCUAACACAAGCAAGAAUAGUUAAAUAAUUUUUUUUUUUUUGGAAGGUAUUUAUAAAACACAUUUUAGUAUUAAUUGGUAACUGAAAUUGAAUUAUUAGUAAAUAAUUUAGGAAUUAAUUUCAUAAAAUUAUUAUUUAGUAAGUUUGAAUUUCCAAACUCACAAGCAAUAAUGAAUUAUGUGUUCUUUUAUUUAAUCUCUCAUAAAAAGUCUUAAAUCAAUGGCACAGUUAGAAAAUCUUUUAGAACCGUCCUAUUUCCCUCUUAAUUUCUAGACAUGUUAUAAAUUCUUAAGUUAUAUUUCAGAAUGUGUUAUUGUUUUACAACCAAAAUUGAAAAUCACACAACUUGUUUUCUAUGUUACACGUGAAAAACAAAUACAUUUUUUAACAAAAAACCUAUAUCGUAUUAUGUGAUUUUGUGCAAUAGUUGUUUGGCAUUUGAUUUGUUAUAUUGCGUUGAAAUGUAAAUAAAAAAUCUACAUAUUAA